AGCGCUGAUUGGUUGAGGCUUCCCGCGCUGGGCGCUGAUUGGACGGCGGUUCCGUGAGGGGCAGGAAGAGGAGGAGCAGGAAGAAGCCGCGGCGGCCAUGGCGGCGAUGGCGGCCCUGGAGCGCUGGGUGUCCGGGCAGCUGCAGGAGCUGCUGGGCCUCAGCGCCCGCCACGUCCCCGCGUUCCUGGUGGCGCUGGCGCGGCGCAGCCGCAGCCCGGAGGAGCUGCUGGAGCGGCUGCGCGAGACCGAGGCCCUGCGCGUGGAGGAGCCGCGCGUGCGCGAGUUCGCGAGCCAGCUGUGGGACAAGGUGCCGCGGGAAGCCCCCCGGGNAUGUCCCCUCCCUGUCCCAGAGCCCGGUGUGCUGUACAACCAGUUCCUGUCCCAGGUGGAUUUCGAGGUGUUGCGGGACCACGCCCGCGCUCUGGGGGUGCUCGUCUUCGAGAACCCCGCCCGGCGCCUGAUGGUGGUCACCCCCGCCG